AUGUCCCUUCGCCCUCUCGGACUUGGGCGCGUCGUCGCCGCUCGCGCGACAUUGUCACCAGCCCUCGCCCGUCUCUCUGUCCAAGGUCCGCCAUCAACCCGUGUGUCGUCGUCUGUCGCCACUGCUCUCCGGGCACGAAGCUUGCAUGCGUCCUCGAGCCUCGGCCGUACUCCCAUCCAAAGUGCAACGGGUUCGCCCCUCGUCCCCCGGGGCGGCGCUCUGGGACCCAACACCGGACACAGCUCGAGCGGGGGAAGCAGUGGAAGUGGCAAGCGUGAGACGGCAUACACGGUCUGGUACCGUGACAUCUUUCCAGCAGCCAUGAUCCCCAUCUUUGUCAUGUCGACAGGCAUCUUCCUUGCCCUCUCCCUGGCCCGCACAUACCUCUCGAACGCCAAGUCGCUCGAGGAGUCGAACGAGCGGAUCGCCCAGCUUGAGAUCCAGCUGGCCAGGCUACGCGCCGAGGCCAAGCGUCGACAGGAGCGCGAGCGCCGCGAACGCGAGCGUAUCCUUCCGUUUGUCGUUGAGCGUGUUCUGCAGCGUGUGGGCGCCAUGGGUCCCGAGGAAGAGGAGGAGGAGAUUGUCGAGGACAGGCUGCUGGUAUGA